AUGUUCCAACGACCAGCUUGUCUACAAGGCCGGCGCCAGCGCAAUGGCUCCAGUGAGGAUUGGUCUAAAUUUCCAGCCCGGCAAUUGUUUGUGUUAGCACUUGUCAGGAUAUGUGAACCAAUUGCGUUCAUGUCGAUUUUCCCGUACGUGUACCACAUGGUGGAAUCAUUCCAUGUGACCGACAAUGACCAAAAGAUCGCGCUUUACGCCGGCAUGAUCACUUCGGCCUUCACUUUCGCGGAAUUCUCAGCAGGCAUGUUCUGGGGUAAGAUGAGUGACCGGAUCGGCCGCAAGCCCGUGCUUAUCAUGGGAUUGAUUGGCACAGCACUAAGCAUGGUGGCAUUUGGAUUUGCGCCCAAUCUCGCAACGGCAAUGAUCGCGCGCGCCCUCGGCGGCUUGCUAAAUGGCAACAUUGGUGUUCUCCAAACUACCGUCGCCGAGAUUGUGACGGUCAAAGAGCACCAGCCGCGAGCAUAUUCGAUCAUGCCCUUCAUGUGGUGUUUGGGAUCAAUUAUUGGCCCGGCUAUGGGCGGUGCUUUGGCCCAACCUUGCGACAACUACCCGGGCCUGUUCCAACGUAACACGCUCUUCGACCGCUUCCCGUUCCUGCUGCCCAACCUGGUCUGUAUCGUUGUGCUGAUUUGCGGCAUCAUUGUUGGUUUCCUGUUUUUGGAGGAGACUCACCCGGAGAUAAAGCACCGCCGGGACUUCGGCCGUGAGUUGGGCCACUGGCUCAUCAGCAAGUGCUGGCGUUCUCGCGUGCAGCUUCCAGAUGAUUCCGACGUUGAGGAGACAAAGUACUUUGUUUACGGUGACGUGCCGCCUGAGUAUGAAAGUGCCGAAUCAUCUCCUUGCCUUCGCCCCGUGAGUGACGUCCGAUCCACGGAGUGCGACCUGGAGGGACAGAAGACCCCCGCACUCAAGACAUUCACCCGACAAGUCAUCAUCACCAUCAUCGCUUAUGGUAUUCUGGCAUACCACAGUGUGUCAUUUGAUCAAUUGAUGCCCGUCUUUCUGAGUACCCCCAAGUCGGACGACAGGGUUGUCCUUCCACUCCAAUUCACAGGUGGCUUGGGUCUUCCGACGAAGACGAUUGGUUUCAUGCUGGCCGUCCAGGGUGUCUACUCGAUGAUCGCCCAGCUCUGGCUAUUCCCAUUCGUCGUCAAGCACUUUGGCACUCUGCGCACCUUUCGCUUUGUCUUGCUGGCAUGGCCAGUCAUUUACCUGACUGUGCCCUAUCUCAUCCUCCUGCCGGUUAAACUCCAGAUGCCAGCCGUCUACGCCGCCCUCAUUAGCAAGAUUACUCUCCAUGUCAUCGCCUUCCCCGCUACUGCCAUCCUCCUGGCCAAUGCCGCCCCCAGCUCGAAGGUCUUGGGCACCAUCAAUGGGGCGGCGGCUUCUACCGCAAGCUUGAGCCGAGCCUUUGGCCCAACCAUCACCGGUUUGCUGCACUCCAAGGGUCUUGAGAGUGGGUACUCCGUGCUGGCAUGGUGGGCCUGCGGACUAGUCUGUCUCACCGGAGCCAUUCAGAGCUUCUGGAUGGAGGAGUCGAAUGAGCCAGAGCGCUUCAAAAAUCGGGAGCCUGAAGUCAGUGAGGCGGAGUUGAAGCAUGAGGCGAUGUCCGAAUGCUCUAUCGAGGAAGAACAGCGAUUGCUGUCCCUUCGCUCCAGCAUUGACCAGGAAUACGACAUCUCAAACCUAGACCUGAAUGCUAUUGACCUAUCUAUCUCCGACUCCGAAACAACGCCUGCUCGCUCAUAA